GCGGUUCAUGCUGCUCAUUACGGGUCUCGGGUAGGGUUCAAUGGCCGCAAGGUGGAAUAUUCGAAGCUUCAUUAGGGAGCUCCGAUACCCCAUUAACCGGACAUCGUAAACCCGGCCAGUCUGAAAGCUCAGUUGUUAAUUAUUGCUGUUGGGAGGAGAAGGAGGAGCGCAGAUCGACCCUCCUCAAGAAGCCCUGGAGGACGAGAACAGGAAGAAAGGAAAGAGACGAGGGAGGGAAGGAGAGAAAAAAGAGAGAAGCAGGGAUCUACUACUGCUGACUGACUUCGCGACACGAUGUGGACCUCCUUCACGCUUCUACAGCUACACGGGACAGAGAGCCGCUGGGAAUGAAGACUGCGACAAGGAGGAGGAAAGACUCGUGAAAUUUCUAAGAGAGUUUCCGAGCUUGACCUUAUGGGAAAAAGAAAACGACCACAAGGCUCCCCAUUAUCCUCUCCCGCAUCUUUACCGCUGGACGAACACGUGAGGCACCAAAUGAAAACCCCAACACGUGACUAGAGUUGCUGGAGUGAAAUUGAACCUCAGACUGACCCGCGGAGUCUUCAGUAAACACCUGAACUGUCAUGAGUGCGUACGUGGCUUUUGAACUCAACCCCUGGGAGAGUGGAAUGUACACCACCACCACCACAGUACCUGACUUAGCACCCGUCUCAGCCACCUCCUCCCCACCCACGGAUCUCCUGCCCCUGUAUUUCCCAGCUGAGGGUGUCUCUUCAUCGCCUCCGUCAGCGUCUCCCAGUGUGCUGCUCCUCGCGUCCUUAGCCACGUCUUGGGACAGAUGUUUGGACAAUGAUACUCAGCCUCUUAAUGUUUCCUCCUCGCCUUUCGCUGAGGCUCCCCCACCUCUGCAGCCUCUUGUCAGCCCCCUCGUCGCGGCGUACCUCAUUUUCGUAGUGGUGGUGUCAGUGGUGGCCAACGCCCUGGUGGUGGUGGUGAGGGCCUGCGGGAGGAGGAGGCGUCUUCGGAGCUCCCACGUCUGCACUUUGAGCCUCGCCGUGUCUGAUGUGGCCUUCAGUCUGCUGGUGCACACACUCAUGAUCCUGGCUGCCCUUGGUGUGGAUCCCAUGCUGCUUUUCAAUAAGCCAGGCUGUAACUACUACGGGUUCUGCGCCAUGUUCUUCGGCACGUUCUCCAUGUGCAUCCACGCCAGCGUCAGCAUCAUCCGCUACGUGAACAUCUGCCACCCGGAGCGAGUGGAGUGGCUCAAGGUGAAAUACGUGUACUCCCUCAUUAGCUUCAGUGCUGUCUACUCCGCGAUCUGGGCCCUCGGGCCUCUCCUUCAGUGGGGGCGUUAUGAGACCUUCGAGUUUGGCUGUACCUUGGCUUUCUCCGACCCCACCCAGAGCAGCAAGUCCUUUGUUACCUGUGCCUUCAUCUUCGUCCUCCUCUUGCCGCUUGCCAUCGUCAUCGUCUGCUACUCCCUCAUCGUCCUGCAGGCCCACAAGUUCAAGCGGGAGAUGAACAGAAUCAAGUGCACGGGGAAGGUACUGCCCAGCAUCCCAGCGGCGGGGGGGGAGAGGAGGGAGAGCACUGUGGACUCUCUCAGAAAGACUCAGCGCUCAUUCAGACUCCAUAACAGACUUGUGCGGAUUUCCAUGGUGGUGGCAGCUGGCUACAUCUUCGGCUGGCUUCCCUACGCUCUGGUCUGCAUGUGGGCUGCCUAUGGUGACUACAACAACAUUCCCGUAGAGAUCCGCGUGGGUGCCUCGCUCAUCUGCAAGUCCACCACGGCCUACAACCCCUUCAUCUACUACUUCAUGAGUGAGGGUUUCAGGGCGGACCUUCGAUACCUCGGGCGACGGACAGGUUUCACGAGCAGGGCACCCUCCGUCAACACCGGCCAGGCCUCCUACCUCAGCUCCACCAGGAGUAGCGUCAGGAAGUGGCGAGACAGGCCGCGUGAGAACUCGUGCCUGUUCACCAGUCGCCGGGAGAACACCUCGUGCACGCUAGAGACUGUGGCCACGCCCGCCUCCAUCCUCCCCUCCCCGGACACCGCCGAUGAGCCGCUCGUCGAACACGCCUCCUCCAUUGCCAGGAGGACCAGCAGCUGCCUCCCGCUAUCCACCUCUAGCCUCCAGCAGCAGUACGCCAGUGUGGAGAAGCGCCUGCGCACGCCGCUUUCCUCCGCAGUGUUCCUUUCCGACCAUGAGUUAAUGAACAAUGGGUUCGGUCGAGCGCUGCGUUACGGUGCCAAAUUCCCCUGCAGAAGGUCUGUGUCUUUCUCGGCGGCGGCGGUGACGGAGGAGUCGUCCACUGGGGAUGACAGCACGCCCGUGACAGCCUUGAGUGACAAGAGCAGAGGCGUGAGGGCUUUCCGCUCCAUGUCCUUCUACGGGUUCCGGGACCAGAGGAAGCUGGCGACGACGCAGCUGGACAGGAUUUCCAAGAGGUGCCUGUACAUGAACACUCGAGUCUAGCCGCGGGGUGAGGCGUUGGUUAAUAAUGAGCGUCGACCAAACAGGAAGGUUAACGUGUGUUAGAUCGAGGAAGACAAGGCGAGGAAGGCUCACCGCGUGAGGUACCAACAACAAAAACGCAGCACCAUAUGACACUCCUUGCGGCGCCUCGAAUCAGACUACAGUAAUUAGCAGCAACAAGAACAGCAACAGCAAUAGCAACAUCAGCAAAUUCAAGUGAGGAAGUCUCUCCGCGCGGGGCACCAACAACAAAAACACGGCACCAUAUGACACUCGUUACGGCGCCUUCAGUCAUCCGAACUACAAUAACGAGCAGCACCAAGAACA